CGUGUGCGUGUGUUUCACGUAGUGACGUGUGCGUGUGCGUCGCUUGUGCGCUGGGAUUACGGGGCGCAGGGAGGCUGUGGGAGAGAACGACUGCUCCAGGAAGGGACUCGGAAGUACAUGAAUUUCCUGGACCAAAUAACUGCUGGGAGAUUUGUUUUGCUUAGCUGUAAAAUGCCGAUAUCUAGAGUGCUUGCCACGUUGUGUUGUUUUGAGCGCUCACGUUUUCUUAGCUGCUGUUGUAUUUGUUUUGUAUGUAAUACAGGCGGCUGGAGCUUGGAUAAGUCUCUAGGGCCUCCAUUCCUCAGUUAAUUCGUUUGUGAAAUGGGAUUGGAGGGGGCUGGACCAGCUAGCCACCAAGGCCUUUUCCUGGCUCUAACAUCACCCAGAUCCCAAGUUAUUAUUUAUUAUGUAUUCAUUUGUUAUUUGUUGUGUAUAAUCAUGACACGGUAUCCUGAAGCCAUCGAAGGCUGUGUGACGGUGGAAGGUCUGAGACAAAUUUAAGAAGAGAGAGAACCUAAAUUGGUAAUAAAUCAAUAAGAAACAAAUGUUAACAUUCACUCAGUGAAAAGUAUCAUGUCUAAGCUCAACAUAAAUCGGAGCCACACAUGGACAACUCUCCCUCCUCCACUAAGAGUGAAAAAUGAACAAAUCCCAGGAACAAGUGUCAUUCAAAGAUGUGUGUGUGGACUUCACCCAGGAAGAGUGGUACCUGCUGGAUCCUGCUCAGAAGGUACUAUACAGAGACGUGAUCCUGGAAAAUUACAGCCAUCUUGUCUCAGUAGGGAAUUGCAUUACUAAGCCAGAAGUGAUCUUCAAAAUUGAGCAAGGAGAAGAACCUUGGAUAUCAGAGGAAAGAUUCCCAAAACAGUGCCGCUCAGAAGACUGGAAACUUGAUGACCUGAUAGAGAGCAGCCAGGAAAAUGAAGAUGAACAUUUUUGGCAACUUGCUUUCACCAACCAAAUGUUAAGUACAGAUAGUGGUGACAAAGUAAGGAAUACUUUAAAUCUAGGUACAGACUCUGUUCCUUCAAGAAAUUUUCUGUAUAAGAUAUGUGACACAUGUGAAAUGAGUUUGAAAAAUAUUUCAGGCUUAAUUAUUAAUAGAAAGAACUAUUCUGGAAAGAAGCCUGAUGAGUUUAAUGUGUAUGAGAAAUUUCUCCUUGAUAUUCGGCAUGAGAAAACUCCUACUGGAGGGAGAUCUUAUAAAUAUAAUCAAAAAAAGAAUGUCCUCAAUCGUAGCCAGGAUCUCACUCAGCCAAUUUUUGAUCCACCUUUUGAGUAUAAUGAAAAUGGACAAGGCUGCCAUGGGGAGGCAGACUCUUUCACAAACAAGAAAGCUCAGAUAGGAGAGACACACUGUAAAUAUAAUGAAUGUGGAAGAACUUUCAUCCAAAGUUUAAAGCUCAAUUUAUCUCAUUUGGAAAUGGAGCCAUAUGAAUGCAGUAUUUGUGGGAAGUCCUUCUAUAUGGAUUUAAGAUUGGGGCAUCAGAGAGCUCUUACAGGGGAAAAUCCUUACAAUGAAUAUGGGCACAUUUUCUGUGACAGUUCAGCUUUCAUUAUCCAUCAGGGAAAUUACACAAGAAAGAUACCCCAUGAAUAUAAAGUAAGUCACAAAAUGUGGGAAAAGUCAACCGUCUUUAGACAUCAGAUAGUACACAUGGGGGAAAAACCUUAUGAGCACAAUGAAAAUGGAAAUACUUACAACAAGAAGUCACAUCUCACCCAACUUCGAAGAGCUCACUCAGGAGAAAAAACCUUCGAAUGUGGUGAAUGUGGGAAAACAUUCUGGGAGAAGUCAAACCUCACUCAACAUCAGAGAACACACACAGGAGAGAAACCCUAUGAAUGUACUGAAUGUGGGAAGUCCUUUUGUCAGAAACCACAUCUUACCAACCAUCAGCGAACACAUACAGGAGAAAAACCCUAUGAAUGUAAGCAAUGUGGAAAAACGUUCUGUGUGAAGUCAAACCUCACUGAACAUCAGAGAACACACACAGGGGAGAAACCCUAUGAAUGUAAUGCAUGUGGAAAAUCCUUCUGCCACAGGUCAGCCCUAACUGUGCAUCAGAGAACACACACAGGAGAGAAACCCUUUAUAUGUAAUGAAUGUGGGAAAUCCUUCUGUGUAAAAUCAAACCUCAUUGUACAUCAAAGAACUCACACAGGAGAGAAACCUUAUAAAUGUAACGAAUGUGGGAAAACCUUCUGUGAGAAAUCAGCUCUCACUAAACAUCAGAGGACUCACACAGGGGAGAAACCCUAUGAGUGUAAUGGAUGUGGGAAAACCUUUAGUCAGAGGUCAGUACUCACUAAACAUCAGAGAAUUCACACGAGGGUGAAAACUCUUUCAGCAUCCUGAACGUUCUGAAGCCUUUAUCCACUCUUUCAAAUUCAUUAUGCAGGUUUUUAAAAUGAGAUUAAUGAAACCCAAAGAAUGCCACAGAUUAUUAGAAAGUGAGGUUUUGUUGUACUUCAGAUAAUUAGUACUAGAAUAAAACCUUAUAAUGUUUCGAAUAUCUGAAAACUUUCAAGAAAAAAUGAAACUUUCCAUCAGAAAAUUUAUAUUGAGGGGAAAUUCAUUUAAAUAAUGUGGCAAAAACCUUUAUCUAGACUUUAUGUUGUGUGCUGCCAUAUUCUGGAUGUGAUGCUGACAUUUUAUUGUAAAUAUAAUGGAUGAUACUCAUUUAGUCAUAUUCACAGAAUCUUAAGUUUAAAAAAGUUAAAUGACAACAGCAUUAAACAUUUAUGUGAAGAGUCCUUGAUGUUUGCAGGCCUUAUGUGAGUAUGCAAAUAUCAUAGAAAUUUGAGGUAUUCUUGAUAUGUAUAUUAGAGCUCAACAUGCUUGUGAAGAGAAACUCUGAACCCUUAGUUAAGUAACUAUUAUGGUUAUAAAUAUAUUAAUAUUUCCCACACUAGAUACCAUCAGUGUCUUUAUAGGUUGACACAAUUAUGUACAUAUGUAUAUGUAAAUAUGUUUAUACACACAUACCAACACACAGUGGUGUACUGCAGUAAGCUUAUACUGGCUUGCAAGUACUGCUGAUUGUUAAAUUUUCAGGAAUUUUGUGAGCCAGUUGUUAAACAGAGUCAUUAUUUAAAAUUUAAACUAUAAAAACUUACAGUUAAAUAUUUUAAAAGCAAGGGUAAUAAGUACUCAACACUCACCACUUCCUAAUUAUUUUACAGUAUUUUGCUGUUAUCUUUGUUCUUUAGGUUAUUUGUAUUGUUGACUCUGCAUGGUGAAUACUGUAUAAUGAUGUGCUACUGGACAUCUCUUCCCAGCUCUACAUUCAGUGCCAUCAUGUUGGUAGCUUGGCUUUAGUGGGAGUAUUUACACCAUAAUAAUUGGCAAACUCUACAAAUCAGGGUUUUGUUUUCUCAGAGAACCUGUAGUCACAUAUUUACAGUAGUUGCACAUCACUGUGUAUUUAUGAAAAUACAUUUGGAAAAUUUAAAGUACAAGCCACAUACCCCUUUUUCCAUUUCCUGAUAUAAAUAAAUGGCUAUGGACAUUAUUGCCGAUUGGCCUCUUCAAUAAAGAAGGCAAAAUAUGUUUCUGUGAGGUUUUUAACUACCUCUGCAUCAAUCUUAUUCUAAAUACUACCAGAGUCUCUCUUAGUAUGGCCAGUAUAUGCUAUUUUACAACCAUAUUGCUUACCUUUCUUCUGACUUUGCUAGCAUAUGUGAAUGAGUAUGGCCAUUUUUACUGAGCUUCCACUUCCAUAAAAGAGCCAAACAAUAUUUUUCUGAGGUUACUCAGCUGCCUUGGGUCAGUCAAUAAUGUAAAUGCUAUUAAUAACAACGAUAUUUACAUAAAUUUCACAAAGGUUAACAUCAGUUAUGAACAGUAAUGCUCACUGCAUUCUACAAAUAAAAAGUAGUGGUAUAUAAUGAAAUGCCUUUGUCAUAUUCUUGGUGCUUCAUUGCUGUAUCUAUUUAGGCAUGAUGUGUGUAACCCGAGUUGUAUGUAACAAAGGAACUAUGUAUUUGUAUUUAAUUUAAUCGACUGUAAUAUACUGUCUCUUUCUCCUUUGUCCUACUGUUUCCUUUGCUUCCUUGGAACACAUUAAAAGCAGUUCCAAGAGAUACUGCCCACCCAACAGCCAAUCCCUGCUUCUUAGUUGCUGGGCUGUUUCGUCUCUUUGUCCGUCCUUCCCCCAGAUGAUUUAGGGGUAAAUCCACAUUAGUCUAAGUUAAUCAUGAAGAUUUUAUUCUAAUGAUUUUUGGGGGAUGGACAUGUGAGCAGUGAGAUAUUUGGAAAAUAUUCUGCAGUGCUUUGGGGAAAGAUCUCAGUGAUAAAAUAUUGUCAUGACAUGGGAAGAGAUUCUCUCUCUUCUGCUGGACAUGUUAAUGUCUGUAUGUUACACUAGAUUAUAGUUGUGAUCCUGAAGGACAAUAGCCUGAAGAUAACAGUACACAAGAUGGGAAAAGCCUGGCUCAGAGGUGAUGUCACUAAGCUGCACAACUCUUUUUGGACCUGCUCUCUACUAGGAGUUUGUAUUACUGUGGCAAUAGUGGCUUCUUCUUUAUUCUUAGGGAUGUCUGUUAUUUAGACCUGAAGGCAGUCCCCUGAUACAGAUGAAUUCUUUUCUAAGUGUUAAUGUUCCAUACAGCAAUCUUAGGGAAGAAUUACUUCUUUUGACAAGUUAGUAUAGGGAUGGCUGUUAGUAUCAGCCAUGGUUCUGGUGAAAAACAGAAUUCUGCUUCAACUAAGACUUCAAUGGCAGACUUAUUACAGUACAGUAGUUUGGGCCCAAAACAAGGGAUAUUGAAGCACCUAGAGACUAGUGUCACCAGGAAGUCAUUACCAUUCUAAGUCCUUAAGGGGCAAAGGAUGGAAGCAAGUGUUACCAGAGCCCAAUAAGAUCUGCUCUUAUGGAGGAGGGGCCUCCUCAUAGGAGAUAUUGUGCCAUAUGGUGCCAAAAUUUUGGCACCAAAUCCCCAGAACCCUCAGAUGCCACCUGCAGGUGAGCACAAGUGGGCACAGAGAAUGUAGAAGGGAAGGUCUGGGUGGAGCUAUUGGAGAAUAAGCAGCACAAUGUUUUAUAUUCCUGUAAAUUCCUAUAUAAAGGCUCAGUAUUAGAAAUAAAGUUAUUCUAUUAGUUGAAAGUUAAGUGUUUCUGCCUCGUGCUGUUACGUUGUCAUAAAGUAAAUUCCUUUUGGAACUGAGCACUGUGGCAGGUAUGUCUUUCCUUUGUCAUUUGUGAAGCAGAUAUGUUAAAUUGAUUAUUCAUAUAUCCCUGCAUGGUGUUUCUUGUCAUAUGUGGUGUGAGGUUAGCAGCUCUCUGUUCUUCCAAAUAGCCAAUCCUCUCUGCACUGUUUGAUUAAUUCAUCCUUUUUCUUGUUGGCUUGAUAUGACCAGUUGGGAUAACUGGUUACCCCCUUCGAGAGCAUAAUAAGUGUAGGUGUUUACCUCACAUAAUGAGUACAUUUUUGUGUGGAUUUUUAAUUGAAAUAUAAUAUUUUGACAGUAUUUCUGAUUGGCAAAGUUCAAAUGCCCAUAAAAUAAGACUCCAGUGUAUUAUAAAUUCUUUAUAGGUAGAUAUAUAUGGAUUAAAAUACAUGGCAAAAGGCCCGGGAUACCUGCUGAACUAAAAGCCAAUAGUUACUUCAGGGGAGGUAACUGUUAGGGUAGAGUCUGAAGAAUAGUCAUCUGUUAUACUCCAAAGAGUAUUUAUGCCCUCUUCUCUCAAUAUGGGCCCUGGUUAAUCAGCACAGUCCUAGGAAAGCUUAGAAAAUUUUGCUACCUCCUUGGGCACCAGUCAUGGCUGCCAUGCUUCUCCAAGUUCCUCUUCUAUUUUAAGGAAUGUGAUUAAAGAUUGACAAGAGCAGAGCAUGUCUUCACAAGGGGCUUCAAGGAAUUCUG